AGUUUUCUCAUCAUCAUGGAUCUGAAAGUUGUGUUUGCGAUUGUCUGUCUGUGCACUCUAGCCAUCACCUCUACUGAAGCUGGCAUUCCAAAAUGUUGCAUCUCAACAAAAAUCAAAAUUCCCGUCCGAGUGCUGGUGAGGGUUCAGAGAUGGAGUGUACAACAGAGCAACGGCCCCUGUGACAUCCCUGCACUGAUACUGCAUGUUAAGGAUAUGAGGAAGCCCAUAUGUGCUCAUCCAAAACUGAAGAGAGCCCUGGUGGCGCUGCAGGUCAGGAUGAAGCGGAGCAGACAGAAAGCCUGAAAAACAAAUGUGUCUAUGUUGUGUUUCUACAUUUGGUGUGAUACAUAAGCCCUUACGGUUGUCUCUUUCUUUAUUGGUUAUGAUCACUUAGGGGUACUUUUAGAGGUACAAAUGACCAAAUUACUCUUGAAUCAACUUCAUGUAUUUAGUAGAUAUUCUUUUUCAGAAUUGGAUUUUACAUAAAAUCUGAUUCUAAAACCACACCAUAUGUGAAGCAUUCAAACUUUUAAGUAAUUUACUUUUAAUAAUUGAGGUAUAUGUCUUUGCUAAUGCUUCUGUGUUUUCACAUGUUACGUUUUUUUUGAUUUGUUUAAUAAUCUGAAUUCCACCUUUGUCAUUGCAUUUAUAUUUUGUAUCGUAAAACAAUUGCAUUAAGAAAAUCACUGUAAAAUGUGAUUUAAUAAAUGCUUUUCCUUUUA